GUAUUACCAGCGAAGGACAUAUAUCGAGUAGAGAAAUAGGACUAGUUAUUUAAUAAUUUGAUCCAGCUACAAUUAAAUCAGAACAAAAAAGCUUACAAUAUGGAAGAGGAAAUAGAUAAAGUGUUUUUUGCGCUUGAAAAUUUUGACAAGGAGACUGUUUUAGAACUACUGAAUGGUGAUAUUGAUCCAAAUUAUUAUGUAUCAGACGGAACCGCUACUGGCAUAACGUGCUAUUUAUAUAAAGCUGUCAGAAGAAAUGAGGUGGAGAUAGUUGAAAAACUGUUAAAGAAAGGGGCUGAUCCAAACUUUGAAGACGAGGAAGGGGAAACGCCAUUAUUUGCAGCUUUAGAAAAUGAUAUGGAUUCAAGUAUACAGAAGGUACUGUACGCAUACGGAGCUAACAAAAAUCAUAAAAACAAGGCAGGAAACACACCGCUUAUGUACCUAGCUUUACGUGGUUCGGACCAUGGGUUUAAAUGUACCGAUGAAACAUUGUUUAAUCUAUUAUCAGGAUGUGCAGGCUUUUCCGAAAUGAAUUCAAGAGAGCAAUCUUUGAGUCAUUUGAUACCUUAUGUACACACAUGUGAACGAAUACUACAAGACGAGGAACAUAUCUGUAGAAAAUAUUUAAGGAUUCUUUUAUCUAAUGGUGUUUCAGUUAACAUGACAGACGGAUCUUCCCUAACACCUAUACAUUGCGCGUGUAAAACAUGUUGCAUGGACGCUGUAGACUUUCUUUUCGGAAGUGGGGCUGAUCUUAAACUGAGAACUAAUACCGGGCAAUCGGUUGUACAUUUGUUGGGGUGUAAUCCUAAUCGACCCGAUUUCCAGAAAAUACUUGAAUUUCUUUUGAGCAAAGGAUGUUCAAUUUCUGACACCGACAGCAGAGGAAGAAAUAUUCUACAUUAUAUCACUGAAUCGAACAAGGCGAAUAAAAAAGCUAUUGAAUGUGCCAUUGACCACGGAUUAGAACCAAACCAAAAAGAUAUCUUUGGUCUAUCACCAUUACAUCUUUGUAUGAUUCCUUCUCUUUUCACAUCAUGUGACCAUAUUGAAGAUGAUGAAGAAAUGAAAUUUGAUGUAUCAGACAUUGUUAAAACACUGGUCGAUAAAGGUGCUGACAUAAAUGCCACAGACAAAAAUGGACUAACACCACUUCAUUACAUCCUAAGAUAUGAAGAGAAAGCCACAACAGUAAGAACACUUCUGUCAUGUGGUGCUGAUGUCACACUGCGCACAAAAACCGGAGAAACCGCUCUACAUAGAGCUACUCUAUAUCCAAAUCUGCUGCAAGUAUUGUUAGAACAUAUAAACAGUAAUGGUUUAAAACUCGACCUAAACCUGAAAGAUGGAUUUGGUUCCACCGCGCUGCACUGGGCAAUUUAUUACUUUGAGUACGAUUGCAUUAAAAUGCUGAUCAGAGACGGUGCUGAUAUUAAUAGUAUAGACGACGAAGGUCGUACGCCGACACAGUUUGCUAUAUAUUUGAAAAGAACAGAGGUUUUUAAAUCUCUUGGUAUUUUACAUUGUAAGGAGACAGACCCUCUGCCAUAUAUAUUACCAGAAAGUGUGAAGACUGUCUCCCAACAGUUAGAUAAAACAAGUGAUGAUUUGGGUAAAGAAUAUGUAAUUUAUAGAAGGGUUUUGCAGGAUGAUCAGUUAGAAGACAAAUUAAAGAAAGAAGAAGUUGGAGCACAUCUUUGUGAUUCUACAAAAUCAGUUACUGAUGAAAAUUGUAUGACAGCUGACGGAUCCCUAUCAACUGUUUCAACGUCAAAUGAUUAUUCAGCUAUGUCAGAAGAAUCAGAAAAUAAAUUUGGGUACUUUGCUACAAGUAAAUCUUUAGGCAGUCAGACCGAUGAAUCCGAAAGUUGUGUCGGAAUUGACCACAUGUGGUGCGAUUGUCCUAUUCUUAAAACACUUUGGUGUGAAGAGAGGCGCAUACAUAUGGAUGACUGGAAAGAACACAUAGAGAAACAUAGACGAUCUCUCGCUUCUUAUAUUAAGCUUAUCUGUGACUCAAAUGAAAUGGGGUUAUAUCAUGAAACAAAGGAAAACACUUUGAUUGAACAGCAUGUCCACCGUGUGAUGGAUUUCUUAGCUAAUGAGGUCAAAACAAGAAAUCCUGCUCUUCAAUUUAAAUUGAAAUUAGCAGGAAGUUGGAGUGAAGGAACCAAAGUAGUCUAUCCCGAGGAGUUUGAUUAUAAACUAAUUUUGGAGAACUUUGGGCAAAUAUUUGAGCCCUUAGAGACAGAAGAACCAGGACUUCAAGGCUUUGUGCAGUUUGUUUUAAAGAAGGAAGUUUGUGCCAAAGAAUUUUCACCUUAUUUGAAUGCAAAUGGAUUUCUGGAUGGUAGAAAAGUAGUACGUGCUCUCUAUGUAGCUUUAAAUUCCAUUUUGGUUGACCUACCAGCCGACAUCCUUGAGCAUUUUUAUCCAAUAAAGUAUCUGGAUACCGAAAAGGGAUCUGUUGACCAUAUUUCAUUCCGGUGGGUUGGCUGGUCAUAUAAAAACAUGUUAAUAGACAUUGACAUUGUUCCCUCCAUUGUUCCUUCCGGUUGGAUUCCGAAGUGUUUCAUACACACUCGAAAAUUGCUUCAAAAAGGCGCUGAAAUGCCCUUCCCAGUUGUGAUUAAAACACCCAAUUCAAGAUACACAAAGAAUUGGAAUACAUACUUUCGGAUAUCAAUGGCAGACAGGGAAGUAGCGAUAUUUAAAUCUUUACCUACAGAAGUUUUGAAGGGUUACAUACUUGUUAAAUCUCUUCUUCGAACUCUAUAUUUUCCACAGGUCUAUAUUGCUGAAGAUGAUUACUACCAACAAAGGUGCUUGACCUCAUAUCUAUUAAAGACAUCCUUCUUGCACGAAUUAGAGAAAAGAAAUUCGGAAACGGAUUAUAUCGAUAAAAACGAUUCAAAAACAGCAAUUGCAAUCAAAAUGGCUCUGUCUAUAGUACGUCGUCUAGAAGAAGCUAUAACGGAAAAAUAUCUGGAGCCAUACUUUUUGUCCGGAGUUAAUACACUGGUGAAUGAAAGUUUGUUAAGAUUUAAUCACGAAUACUUUUAUGAAUGUGAAGUAAAAUGUCUCACAGCGUUGCUCAAUCUCGGCUACACGGACAUUUCAAACGAAGAAAAACAUACCAAUACGUCUGAGUACAAGCAGAAUGUUUUAGAACUACUGGAUGGAGAUAUUGACCCAAAUUAUUAUGUAUCAGACGGAACUGCUACUGGCAUAACGUGCUAUUUAUAUAAAGCUGUCACAAGGAAUGAGGUGGAGAUAGUUGAAAAACUGUUAACGAAAGGGGCUGAUCCAAACUUUGAAGACGAAGAAGGGGAAACGCCAUUAUUUGCAGCUUUAGAAAAUGAUAUGGAUUCAAUUAACAUGACAGACGGAUCUUCCCUAACACCUAUACAUUACGCUUGUAAAACAUGUUGCAUGGACGCUGUAGUUAUUCUUUUCGAAAGUGGAGCUGACCUUAAACUGCGAACAAUUUCCGGACAAUCGGUUGUACAUCUAUUGGGAUGUAAUCCUGACCGGCCCGAUUUUCAGAGAAUACUUGAAUUUCUUUUGAGCAAAGGAUGUUCAGUUUCUGACACUGACAGUAGAGGAAGAAAUAUUUUAUAUUAUAUCACUGAAUCGAACAAGGCGAAUAGAAAAGCUAUUGAAUGUGUCAUUGCCCAUGGAUUAGAACCAAACCAAAACGAUAAUUUUGGUCUAUCGCCAUUACAUCUUUCUAUGAUUCCUUCUCUUUUCACAUCACGCGACCAUAUUGAAAAUGAUGAAGAAAUGAAAUUUGAUGUAUCAGAGAUUGUUAAAGCACUGGUAGAUAAAGGUGCUGACGUAAAUGCCUCAGACAAAAAUGGACUAACACCACUUCAUUACAUCCUAAGAUAUGAAGAAAAAGUCACAACAGUAAGAACACUUCUGUCCUGUGGUGCUGAUGUCACACUGCGCACAAAAACUGGAGAAACCGCUCUACAUAGAGCUACUCUAUAUCCAAACCUGCUGCAAGUAUUGUUAGAACAUGCAAAUAGUAAUGAUUUAAAACUCGUCCUGAACUUGAAAGAUAAAUUUGGCUCCACCGCGCUGCAUUGGGCAAUUUACUACUGUGAGGACGAUUGCGUUAACAUGCUUAUCAGAGACGGUGCUGAUAUAAAUAGUAUAGACGACGAAGGUCGUACGCCGGUACAGUUCGCUAUAUAUCUAAAAACAACAGAGGUUUUUAAAUCUCUUGGUAUUCUACAUUGUAAAGAGACAUACCCUUUGCCAUAUAUAUUACCAGAACAUAUGAAGCCUAACAUUCAAAAGUUAGAUAAAACAGGUGAUGAUUUGGGUAAAGAAUAUGUAAUUUAUAGAAGGGUUUUGCCAGAUGAUCAGUUAGAAGACAAAACAAACAAAGAAGAAGUUGGAGCACUUCAUUGUGAUCCUAUUAAAGCAGUAACUGAUGAAAAUUGUACAACUCGUAUGACAAAUGACGGAUCCAUAUCAGAUGAAACUGUUUCAAAUGAUUUUUCAACCAUGUCUGAAGAAUCAGAAGAUGAAUUUGGGCACUUUGCUACAAGUAAAUCUUUUCACACUAAGGCCGAUGAAACGGAAAGCUGUGUCGGAAUUGACCACAUGUGGUGCAAUUUUCCUAUUCUUAAAACGCUUUGGUGCGAAGAGAAGCACAUACAUAUGGAUGACUGGAAAGAACACAUAGAGAAACAUAGACGAUCUCUCGCUUCUUAUAUGAAGCUUAUAUGUGACUCAAAUGAAAUGGGGUUAUAUCAAGAAACAAAGGAAAAUACUCUGAUUGAACAGCAUGUCCAUCGUGUGAUGGAUUUCUUAGCCAGUGGGGUAAAAACAAGAAAUCCUGCUCUUCAAUUUAACUUGAACUUAGCAGGAAGCUGGAGUGAAGGAACCAAAGUAGUUUUCCCCGAGGAGUUUGAUUAUAAACUGAUUUUAGAGAACUUUGGUCAAAUAUUUGAACCUUUAGAGACUGAAGAACCAGGACUUCAAGGCUUCGUGAAGUUUGUUUUAAAGAAGGAAGUUUGUGCCGCAGAGUUUUCAACUUAUUUGAAUGCAAAUGGUUUUUUGGAUGGUAGAAAAGUAGUACGUGCUCUCUAUGUAGCUUUAAAUUCAAUAUUGAUCGACUUACCAGUCGACAUUCUUGAGCAUUUGUAUCCGGUAAAGUAUCUGGAUACCGAAAUGGGGUCUGUUGACCACAUUUCAUUCCGAUGGGUUGGUUGGUCAUAUAAAAACAUGUUAAUAGACAUUGACAUUGUUCCCUCCAUUGUUCCUUCGUGUUGGGUUCCGAGGUGUUUCAUACAUACAAGAAAAUUGCUUCAAAAAGGCCCUGAAGUUCCCUUCCCGGUUGUGAUUAAAACACCAAACUCAAGAUACACAAAGAAUUGGAAUACAUAUUUUCGGAUAUCAAUGGCACAUAGGGAAGUAGCGUUAUUUAAAUCUUUAGCUACUGAAGUUUUAAAGGGUUACAAACUUGUUAAAUCUCUUCUCCGCACUCUAUAUUUUUCACAAGUCUAUAUUGCUGAAGAUGAUCACUACAGACAAAAGUGCCUGACGUCAUAUCUAUUAAAGACAUCUUUCUUGCACGAACUAGAGAAAAGAAAUUCGGAAACGGAUGAUAUCGAUAAAAGCGAUACUAAAACGGUCAUUGCAAUCAAAAUGGCUCUGUCUAUAGUACGUCGUCUAGAAGAAGCUAUAGCGGAAAAAUAUCUUGAGCCAUACUUUUUGUCCGGAGUUAAUACACUUGUGAAUGAAAGUCUGUUUAGGUUUAAUGACGACUUUUUAAGAAAAACUUACAAAAUGGAAGAGGAAAUAGAUAAAGUAUAUUUUGCGCUUCUACAUUUAGACAAGCAGAAUGUUUUAGAAUUUCUGGAUGGAGAUAUUGAUCCAAAUUAUUAUGUAUCAGACGGAACCGCUACUGGCAUAACGUGCUAUUUAUAUAAAGCUGUCACAAGAAAUGAGGUGGAGAUAGUUGAAAAACUGUUAACGAAAGGGGCUGAUCCAAACUUUGAAGAUGAUGAAGGGGAAACGCCAUUAUUUGCAGCUUUAGAAAAUGAUAUGGAUUCAAGUAUACAGAAGGUACUGUAUGCAUACGGAGCUAACAAAAAUCACAAAAACAAAGCAGGGAACACACCGCUUAUGUUCCUAGCUUUACGUGGUUCGGACCAUGGGUUUAAAUGUACCGAUGAAACAUUGUUUAAUCUGUUAUCAGGAUGUGUGGACUUCUCAGAAAUGAAUUCAAGAGAACAAUCUCUGAUCCAUUUGAUACCUUAUGUACACACAUGUGAACAAGUAAUAAAAGACGAGGAACAUAUCUGUAGGAAAUAUUUAAGGAUUCUUUUAUCUAAUGGUGUUUCAGUUAACAUGACAGACGGAUCUUCCCUAACACCUAUACAUUACGCUUGUAAAACAUGUUGCAUGGACGCAGUACGCUUUCUUUUCGAAAGUGGAGCUGAUCUUAAACUGAGAACUAGUACCGGACAAUCGGCUGUACAUUUGUUGGGAUGUAAUCCUGAUCGACCCGAUUUCCAAAAAAUACUUGAAUUUCUUCUGAACAAAGGAAGUUCAGUUUCUGACGUUGACAGCAAAGGAAGAAAUAUUUUACACUAUAUCACUGAAUCGAACAAGGCUAAUAGAAAAGCUAUUGAAUGUGUUAUUGCCCAUGGAUUAGAACCAAACCAAAAGGAUAACUUUGGUCUAUCGCCUUUACAUCUUUCUACAAUUCCUUCUCUUUUUACAUCACGUGACCAUAUUGAAGAUGAUGAAGAAAUGAAAUUUGAUGUUUCAGACAUUGUUAAAACACUGGUCGAUAAAGGUGCUGACGUUAAUGCAACAGACAAUAAUGGACUAACACCGCUUCAUUACAUACUUAGAUAUGAAAAGAAAGCCACAACAGUAAAAACACUUCUGUCAUGUGGUGCUGAUGUUACACUGCGCACAAAAACUGGAGAAACCGCUGUGCAUAGAGCUACUAUAUACCCAAACCUGCUGCAAGUAUUGUUAGAACAUAUAAACAGUAAUGAUUUAAAACUCGUUAUAAACUUGAAAGAUAAAUUUGGCUCCACCGCGCUACAUUGGGCAAUUUACUAUUUUGAUGUCGAUUGCGUUAACAUGCUUAUCAGAGACGGUGCUGAUAUAAAUAGUACAGACGAUGAAGGUCGUACGCCGACACAGUUCGCUAUAUAUCUGAAAAGAACAGAGGUAUUUAAAUCUCUUGGUAUUUUACAUUGUAAGGAGACAGACCCAUUGCCAUAUAUAUUACCGGAAAAUAUGAAUCCUAACAUCCAACAGUUAGAUAAAUCAGAUGAUGAUUUUGGUAAAGAAUAUGUAAUUUACAGAAGGGUAUUGCCUGGUGAUCAGUUAGAAGACAAAACAAACAAAGAAGAAGUUGGAGCACUUCAUUGUGAUUCUAUAAAAACAGUUACUGAUGAAAAUUGUACGACUCGUAUGACAACUGACGGAUCCAUAUCGAAUGAAACUGUUUCAAAUGAUUAUUCAACCAUGUCUGAAGAAUCAAAAAAUGAAUUAGGGCACUUUGCUACAAGUAAAUCUUUUGACACUAAGGCCGAUGAAACGGAAAGCUGUGUCGGAGUCGACCACAUGUGGUGCAAUUGUCCUAUUCUGAAAACACUUUGGUGCGAAGAGAAGCACAUAUAUAUGGAUGACUGGAAAGAACAUAUAGAGAAACAUAGACGAUCUCUCGCUUCUUAUAUGAAGCUUAUAUGUGACUCAAAUGAAAUGGGGUUAUAUCAAGAAACAAAGGAAAAUACUCUGAUUGAACAGCAUGUCCAUCGUGUGAUGGAUUUCUUAGCCAAUGAGGUAAAAACAAGAAAUCCUGCUCUUCAAUUUAACUUGAAAUUAGCAGGAAGUUGGAGUGAAGGAACCAAAGUAGUUUUCCCCGAGGAGUUUGAUUAUAAACUGAUUUUAGAGGACUUUGGUCAAAUAUUUGAACCUUUAGAGACUGAAGAACCAGGACUUCAAGGUUUUGUGAAGUUUGUUUUAAAGAAGGAAGUUUGUGCCACAGAGUUUUCAACUUAUUUGAAUGCAAAUGGUUUUCUGGAUGGUAGAAAAGUAGUACGUGCUCUCUAUGUAGCUUUAAAUUCCAUUUUGGUUGACUUACCAGCCGACAUCCUUGAGCAUUUGUAUCCGGUAAAGUAUCUGGAUACCGAAAAGGGAUCCGUUGAUCAUAUUUCAUUCCGAUGGGUUGGCUGGUCAUAUAAAAACAUGUUAAUAGACAUUGACAUUGUUCCAUCCAUCGUUCCUUCCGGUUGGAUUCCGAAGUGUUUCAUACACACACGAAAAUUGCUUCAAAAAGGCGCUGAAAUGCCCUUCCCGGUUGUGAUUAAGACACCCAAUUCAAGAUACACUAAGAACUGGAAUACAUACUUUCGGAUAUCAAUGGCAGACAGGGAAGUAGCGAUAUUUAAAUCUUUACCUACUGAAGUUUUGAAGGGUUACAUACUUGUUAAAUCCCUUCUCCGAACUCUAUAUUUUCCGCAAGUAUACGUUGGAGAGGAUGAUUACUACAGGGAACAGUGCUUGACGUCAUAUUUAUUAAAGACAUCAUUCUUGCAUGAAUUAGAAAAUCAAACUUUUGAAACGGAUUCAAUCCAUGGAAACGAUUCUAAAACGGUAACUGCAAUCAAGAUGGCUCUAUCUAUAGUACGUCGUCUAGAAGAAGCUAUAACGGAAAAAUAUCUAGAGCCUUACUUUUUGUCCGGAGUUAAUACACUUGUGAAUGCAAGUCUGUUUAGGUUCAAUGAUGAACAUUUUUAUGACUGUGAAGUAAAAUGUCUUGCAGCGUUGCUCAAACUUGGCUACACGAACAUAUUAAACGAGGAGAAACGAAGAUAUGCUCUGGAUUUGCUAAAAAAGAUUUGGUAACGAGCUUGGUAUCAAGCCGAUUUUGAAAUGAUGUGCUAAACGUAGCUCGAAUAAUGAGACCCGUAUUGAAAGUUUUAUCAAAUGGAAUUCCUUUUUAACCAGAUAAAGAUUGAAAGUAAAUACAGUUAUAAAAUGUCAAGACGCAAAACGAACAAUGCAAAUGAGGAUGUAAAUUAUACUAUACCACUUCAAAGCCUAGAUCCACUACUAAAUAAGUGUCCCAUAAAUCCAAUAAAUAACUCUCACCUGUUGCUUAUCAGCGUUUAUAGAAUAGAAAUCAGUUGGAGGACAAUUAGCACAGCAGGGGACCCCACUAGACCAUGUAGAUUAUGUGCAAUGGAGGUGAAAAUGAUUAAUUUUCUUUGAUUCAAUGCAUAUUACUAUUACUACUACGAAUAAUGAUUAACCUUAGGUAUUGUGAAAAUUCGAUAAUUUGGUACAAUUGACAAAUAAUAUCUAUCAUGAAAAAUGAUCAUAGCAGGAACAGUGAUGUUACCUUUACAUUUAUACAUAAUAAUUACAAAAAAUGUAAUGUUUUAUCAUAAACUGCAAUCACUGUUACUGGAGUAUAUCAUAAUGUGAAAAAUGAAAUUAUUGUGAUGCAUCUACUUGUAUAUUAAACUUUAUGUUGCGUAAAGUGUACCUUUUUUCAUGCUUUAUUUUACAAUAUUCAAAUUCGAAUGGGGAUUUAAAUCUUAGACAAGUGUUCUUGUCGGUAUAUUUUCAGCCUGAACAUUUGUCUUUAAAAUCCAAUUUGAAUUCGUACAUAGCUGAAGAAAUGUUCACGAUAUUAUGAUUUAAAUUCACUCGGAGAAUAAAGUUGACAAGAAUGAAAUACAAUUUCUAUAUCUCUAAGUUUAAAUUUGUUCACUUAAACCCGAUAGAAUUUGAGAAGUUAAAAACAUGCUUUUCUUCUUAAAACAUGGUUAUAUUCCUAAAUAAAUUUCUUAGUUUCCUUUUAUCAUGACUGAACAACAAAUAUUUUUCUGUAAAUAAAAAUGUACCAAAUAGGUAUA